AUGGAGACCUAUCCUCGCCUCGUUUUGUUGGCUUUGUUUGGAGCACGAACGGAUGUGUUUCCCUUAGACGUGACGGGGUCGGUCAGAGGCCGGGAAAGCAGUAGCGACGCGAUGGCAUCCACCCCAACCGCAGGGGAAGCGCUCACUCUCCCAGACCACACCCUGUCACCCAUUUCCACCUCGUCCCAUCCGACCUCCACCGUGACCCAUCCGACCUCACCCGCGACCCAUCCGACCUCCCCCGUGACCCGGUCCCAGCCUCGUCCCACGAGCCUCCCCAUCGCGAACCCGUGGAGGCCAGCCGAGCCCGGGAUGUCGGCGUCCUCGCUCCCCCUCGUCUGCGAGGAGCCCACCUUGGAAUCCCUGCCCACUGACGCUAGCACCGACCGCAGCCUCUCCACCUUAGUCUCCUCGUUUGAGCAUGCACCCCAGCAAGACGUGGAGAGGAAACGACCAGAGGCAGGCUCCGUCGUGAAGAGGAGCCGCAAAGUUCUCGAUGCAGAGAGAGUUCAAAGGCGGACGAGCUACCUGAAGGCGACGGCCCACGUCAGCGACGCCGAGAGCGACGACAACGACGACCAGACCGGGAAGAGCGACCUGAAGAAGUGA